CAGAAUUUUAAACAGAAGUCAGUGUAGACCAAUAGGCUAUAGAUCCCCACCACCCACGCUGUCCUCUCUCCGCCCUUUUCUAUCCCAUAUUUGAUUUCACUCUUUUCCUUCCUCUGACUUUCAUUUAUUACUUCUGCUUUUCUCCUUUUGUCUUGGCCUCUUGUGGUGCAGUCGGCGUAAGGCCUGGAACUGAAGAAGAGAAGAAGGAAGCAACCCUGUUUAUGUAGAUGUACAACUAGAAACUCACAUGGAACCCUGUUUAACUCCACACUAGCUUUGGUGCCUCAUCUUUUUAAAUUUUUUUAUCCCUGUGUUUCUCAGAGACGGCAAGUUUUAUCCUUCAAAACAGAGGUGAGGAAAUGACUAAAGAAGAAGACUUUAAGCUACUCAAGAUUCAGACUUGUGUUCUCAAAGUGAGCAUACACUGUGAUGGAUGUAAGCAGAAGGUGAAGAAACUCCUUCAGAGAAUUGAAGGUGUUUUACAAGUAAGCAUGGAUGCAGAGCAGCAGAAAGUCACAGUCUUAGGAAGUGUAGACUCUGCAACAUUGAUCAAGAAACUGAUCAGAGCUGGUAAACACGCUGAGGUUUGGCCCCAGAAGUCCAACCAUAACCAAAACCAAAAGCAGAACAACUGCAUCAAAGAUGAGAAGAACAACAACAAAGGCCAAAAACAAGACUUGAUCAAAGGCCUUGAAGCCUUGAAGAACCGGCAGAAGUUUCCUAGUUUCAUUUCUGAGGAUACUGGUGAUUAUGUGGAUGAUUAUGAUGAAGAUGAUGAAGAGGAUGAGCUGCAAUUUCUCAAACCAAGUCAACUGAGUCAGCUGGGUUUGCUAAGGCAACAAGUUCUUGAUGCAAAUAACGCCAAGAAAGGUGUUGGAAACGUUACUGCAGCUUCCAGCAAUAAUAAUAAAAUGAACAGCAAUCUCAUAAAUGGGAAUGCUGGAAAGAAAGGAAACCCUAAUCAAAAUAUGGGAAUGACGGUUAAUCCAGGUUUUCUUGAUCAGAAAACCUUGGCAGCCCUGAAGAUGAAUAAUGCUCAGUUGGGUGGUUUAAACAUCAAUGCGGCAGCAGAGGGCAAGAAGGGAAAUGACACCAACUCCAUAAUGGGUCUUUCAGGUUUUCAUGGAAAUGGUGCUAACGCUGCUAAUGCUGCUGCUUUUGGAGGCAAUCCCAAUGCUGUUGGAGGAUUUCAAGUUCAAUCCAGCAAUGGAUUGCAGGGAUCUACUGCAGCAAGGUUUCCAAACGGUGGAUAUGCUACCUGUCAAUAUCCAUCAUCUAUGCUUAUGAACAUGAAUGGCUACAACUAUCCAUCAUCAAUGAUGAACGUGCAGAACAGGCAUACCAUGCAGCAACAACCCCAGAUGAUGUAUCAUAGAUCCCCAUUAAUUCCUCCUACCACUGGGUACUACUAUAAUUAUAAUAAUUCUCCUCCAUACUCGUUCCUUGAAGCCCCCAAUUACAAUGCUGAUCACUCUGCAGCAACCCAUAUGUUGUUCAGUGAUGACAACACAAGCAGCAGCUGUUCAAUAAUGUAACGAGAAGAAAUGAAAGAAGAAUAUAUAUUUGUAGGGAGAGUAUGCAUGGAGUUUGACAAGAAAUUCUCUCUUCUACUGUUAUGGUAUAUAGAGGGUUGCAGAGAUGCUGGAAUCUUAUAUUUAAGCGAAUCCUGUCAGUGUAUUGUGUAGUUGUUAUGAUGAUGUUCUCUUAUUGAAUUCAGUCCAGCUCUGCAUGCUUGUGUGUUUUUUUCUCUGUUCCUUGAAUGAUAAUGUGAACCAGAAAUAUUAGUACGAGUAAAUAAACAGUGAUUAAUCUGUGCUGCUAAUUCUGAAAUACUUUAUGUAGGUGCUUAUUGCUCAAAUUAAGGUAGCUUUAUUUUUUUCCAAAAACCGACAAAGGGGACAUUGGUUCCUGCAAUUUCACGGGACAUAAUGGCACCAUGUGGCAGUGCGUAGAAACGGCUGGGUUGGCUGUCACUUUAGUGCUGGAUGGUGUGUGCAACGUUAUUGUUAGGUAUAUCUGCACGUGCCUGUCACUUGCCUUGGUUGUGUAAUGGUGGCUACAGCGAACAGGA